AUGGAUAGUAAAGGUAUUAAAAAUGCCCUGAAAAGCGCUCGAGAGGCUAUAUCUAAGAAAGAGUAUGAAGUUGCCUUGGAACAUUGCCAGAAUAUUUUAGAACAUGAUAAUAAGAAUUAUAAUGCUCUGGUAUUUACUGGUGUUGCUGCUGAAAAACUUGAUAAAAAUGAGCAGGCAUUGAAAGCCUAUAAAACAGCCACUGAGAGUAAUCCAGAGCAAGUUCUAGCCUGGCAGGGAUUAUGUAGUUUCUAUGAGAAGAAUCAAGUAUAUGUAUCAGUGUAUAAACCAGUACUGGUCACUGUAUAUGAGAAAUUGAUACAGCUCUAUGAAGGAGAUGAGAAGAAGAAGGUAGAAAUAUUAAAAAGAUUAGGUGGUCUAUUAAAGGAUAUUGGUCAAAUAGAAAAGUGUAUAAUAGUAUACAAGGAACUGCUUGGUUUAAUACAAGAUAAAGAUGAGAUUUUCAAUAUACAGAAGUCAUUAUUACCUAUUUUAGAAUCACAAACUAACACUGAUUCUGAUUAUUUGAUAAAUUGUUAUGAAGACUGUCUAAAGAGUCAACAUCUAUCAGAUGAGGAAAAGGAAGCAAUGCUGAAGAAAUUUUCUACAUUGUUACUAAAAGUCAAGUCAAGAGAGGUAUUUAAAGAUGAAAUAAAAAGAUUAUCAACAUCUUACCCAAGUUCUCCUGGCAUACAAGAAUAUAUUAUAAUACAGUUACUUGAAGAUAUGAUAGGUGGAGAGGAGUUGAUGAAGAAAGUCAAUCUGAAUGAAAGACUAAUUGAAUUUAAACAAAUAAUAGCAGACGACAGUGGUAUAUUAAAGUUAUUACAGGGAUAUUGUUUGUUGGUUGAAAAACAAUAUGAUCAAGCUAAACUCUUAUUACUCCAAGGUAUAAGUCAAUGUUCUAUGGUUGCUAUUGGUUACUAUGUACUAGCAAUAGUUUUAUAUCAACUAAGAGAUAACCAUAAUAGUUUAAAAUAUAUCAAUGAUUGUUAUCAAUUAAUAUCUAACAAUAAGAAGAUAAUAUGUAUAAUGAAGAAAGACAUAAUAAAAGAUAAAUUAGAUUUGCUGAAAUGUCAUGUUUUGUAUAAUAUUGGUACACCUAACUCUUUAGAUCAAGCUCUCCAAAUAUUACAAAAGUAUAAAGAUCAAGACCAGUAUAAGUUAUUAUUAUGUAAAAUUUAUCUCAAGCAAAAUCAUGGUGAUCAGAUGAAGGAAAUAAUUAAAACAGUAACAGGCUAUGAGAAUAUAAAGGAAUAUUAUUUCAGCUGGGAUGACUAUAAUAACAAACAGUAUGAUCAGGCAUUAUCAAGACUAGAGAAACUAUGUAAUAAGUCUGAAGACCAUGAUAAUCUCAGUAAUAUAUGGUGUUUAAUGGGAAAGGUAAUAUGGACUAUAUUACAAGAUAAAUUACAAGAUACAGAACUUCAGCAGAAAUGUUACACCACAUUUUUAAAAGCUGCUCAGUUUGAUCCACAAAAUGGUGAACCUUUUCUAUAUUUGGGUCAUUAUUAUGUUAACAUCAGGAAAGACAACAGAUUGGGGAGAAAAUGUUAUGAGAAAUCCUACCAUUUAGACAAAUCAUUAGAUGAAAGUGGAGCUGCUAUCUGUGAUAUGAUGAUUAAUGAUGGAGAUGAGGAAGGAGCUUAUGGUUUGCUGGUGAAAGUAACAAAUGAGGCUAAUACUGGUAGUGCUAAAUGGGCAUGGUUAAGAUUAGGAUUAUGUGAGAUUAAGUUAGAUAAUCCUAUAGGUGCUAUAUCAUCAUUUCAAUCUGCUUUACGUUCUGAUCCAACAGACAGUCAUGUAUGGGAGUGUCUAGGUGAAGCCUAUUUUAACAGAGGUAGUUAUACUGCUGCUCUUAAAGCCUUUACCAAAGCAUCAGAGUUGGCUGAAGAAUCAUUCUAUUGUUUAUACCAAAUAGCAACUAUUAGACAGAUUUUAGGAAUGUAUGUUGAAGCUAUAGAAGAAUAUAAACUAAUUCUUCAAAAAUCUCCUGACUAUGUUCCUGCUUUGAAAGGUAUUGGUGAGACCUAUUUAUUAUUAGGUAAAGAUCAUAUUAAAGAGAAUCUAGAUGGUAGAGUCAAAGAUAAUUGUCAACAGGCUUUGAAAUAUCUCACUCAAGCAGCCAGUGAGAGAAGUGAUAUGUCCUGUUUAUGGAAGUUAUUAGGUGAUGUUUGUUUAUUAGUACAACCAUUAUCAAAGGAUACAUGUAUAAGUGUACCAGUUAAACUACUGGAGAAAUGUGAUGAUAAAACAGAAGAAUACAGAGAAGUUGACAAAUUAACAGUUUUAGAUAUUGCUAGCAGGUGUUAUGGUAAAGCAUUGAAGAUACUACCUGAAAGUUCUAUGUUAUGGCAUGAUUUAGGUGUUUCAUUGUACUAUCAGUUACCGUUGACAACCAGUGAUAGUAAACCAACUAGUGAGAAAUGUUUACAGUGUUUACGUAAAGCUGUUAGCUUGGAUUCUAAUUAUUAUUUACAUUGGAAUGCUCUUGGCGUCAUCUCAGCAUCUAAAUAUAUUAUGAAGCUAGAUUUAGCUCAACAUAGUUUUAUCAAAUCUAUUCAUUGUGAAGCCAAUAAUGUUGUGGCCUGGACUAACCUUGGAACACUAUAUCUACAGAAUGAUAAUGUACAGUUGUCACAUGAAGCUUUCAAAAUAGCACAAAGUUUAGAUCCUAACUAUGUUGCUUGUUGGAUUGGACAGGCUAUGAUAGCAGAAACAGUUGGACAUGAAGAUACAAUGGAUUUAUAUAGACAUACCACAGAGCUCAGUUAUCAUCCUGAAGGAAGUAUUGGCUAUGCUCACUGGGUGUGUACAGUGUUACAAGAUACUAAAAAACACCAUACAGAUCUGUAUCAAUAUUGUAUUAAACAAAUGGCUGCCAUACCAUCUGCUGCAGAUACAUUGACAAGGUAUUUAGAAAGAGAAAAGGAUGAUAUAACAGCAUUAAAUAUGUAUGGUUUAUUGUUGGAACAACAGAAAUUAUAUAGAUCUUCUCUUACUGCUUUAACAAGAUGUGUAGAACUACUAGAAAUAGAAGGUGAUCAAGUUAAAUUAAAUCAAGCCAAGAUUAAUCAAGCUAGAGUACUGUGUAAAGUUGGUGAAUAUGAAAAAUCAGUCAAGAUAUUUUCAACAAUAACUACAGAUCAACUAGAAGAUAUUUGUUGCUAUGGUUACAGUUUAUAUAAAUCUGGCAAUUUGGGAUUGAGUUUUAAAGUAUAUGAAAGUGCAUUAGAAAAAGCUACAAAUGAUGAAGAUAAAUCACAUAUCUAUACUGUAUUAGGUAUGAUAGCCUAUCAACAAGAUGAUAUAGCUACUGCUAAAACAUAUCUCUUUAAAAGUUCUCAGGUAACACCUCCAUCAGUGCUUGGAUUAAAGGCUUUAUGCGGAUUAGGAUUAUUACAGAGUGAUAUCACAUUAGUUGGUGCUGUAUUACAAGAAUUGGUAAAACAUGAUAACACUAGUGAUGCUAUAUGGUUAACACUAGCUCAACAUCUAGUCCAGGGCCAGAUCAAUGAUGGAAUAAGGAUAUUACAGAGAUCAUUACAUACUGAUCCAUUGAAUAGUACUAACUGGUUGAUACUAGCGAAAAUACUAGUACAGUACUAUCCUCAAUAUAGUCAGACAUCUUUAAACAGUCUAAAAAUAGCUGAAUUAUAUAGUGACACAAAGCCUGGUAAAGUUGUUGAGAACAAUGGGAUAUUAGUAUUGGCCCAGCUACAAUCAGGACACCAUUCUCAGACUAUAGUCGAAAACAACGCAUUACGAAAUUCACAAAUUCUACUACUUCAAAAUCCAGGCUGUAUAAAGAAUUGGUUGAUAUUUCUAUGUGCUUUACAUGCAGAAGGAAGUGUUAGAUUAUGUACUGAGAAUGAUAAGCGUUUACUUAAUAUUGAGCUACAAUAUCUUAAUCAUUUACUGCAAAAUAAUGAGGAAGUAAAGAAUAUAAUGAAUUAUAAAUUAUGGUGUAAUAAACAGAAACUAAUUUGUUUAUUAGUUCUUGGCAAUAUAGAAAACAGUAAACAACUUCUACUUCAGAUGGUAGAAGAUUAUAAGAACUGUGAUUUAAGUCAGUUAUUAAAAGAUCUAAUAGUAGACAACAAAACACCAUCCAUAGCUGAUUAUAAAGAAAAUACAUAUCUUACCAAGGUUAUUAUUCAGAGUUAUAUAAGAAAUGGUUUAUUGAAAGAAGCAGUAGAUUUAAUACAGAAAUAUUUAUCAACUAUAGCUGAUGACAGCAUUGGAGAGAGAAAGAGGCAAUUGUUACAAAUAUCACAUUUAUCUUACCAACUUCUCAUAAAGAAAGAAACUGAAAUAGAAGACGUAAAGAAAAUAUUUGACAAGAGUAUAACAGAGUUAUUAAAACUAGAACCUAAUAAUUCAGUUGGUUUAUUUAUGAAAGGGGCUGUACUCUUGAUAACUGAUAGUACUGACGAAAAGAGAACCAAACUGAUUGCUAAGAAAAUAUUUCUACAGAGUUAUAGAAACAGUGAAGAUGACAGUUUAACGUUUUGUACAGAGAAAGCCAGACAACAGUUGAUUCCAUUGCUACAGUUCCUAAAAAUUGAUGAACAACUUUUAGAGAAUUUAAUUCAAGAACAAAAUAAAUCAGAAGAUGUCAACUAAACAGAGAAUAGGGCUAAAAAAAAUAAAGGUUCAUUUUACUGACA